CUGUCCUGCCCGCGUGACGUUUCUCGGCCCCCGGGAACCAGCACCUGAGCGCCGGUUAUCGUGAGCGGCGCUAUUAGCGCAGUCCCCGAGGCGGGAGGGGCCCGCACGCGGCCAGCUGUACAGGAAGACGCAGCGGGAAGUGGCUGCGGCCCCGCGACCCGCUGACCGGACGGGCCGCCGUUGUGACAGUUCUGAUACAGUAGGUCUUUCCAUGUGGAGGUGACAUCAACAGCCCUUUUGCUACCCUGGUUUUAAAGAAAAGGUCAAGGAAAAUGAAGAAGAGAAGGCAUUUGGAUUUGGCAGUUAAGAAGUCAUUGGUGGUGAGCCUUACCUCUAUUUCCAGGAAGAUGAAUUGUUCCUUAAGUAAUCGAAAUAGCAAUUUUCAUUUUAAAUAGGGAUAAUUACAUAAGAAACAUGGUGACACUAAUUCGUACACUAGCAGAUCAUGGUGAUGAUGUCAAUUACUGUGCCUUUUCUUCUUCCCUUUUGGCUACUUGCUCCUUGGACAAGACAAUUCGUCUCUAUUCAUUAAAUGGCUUUAAUGAACUCCCAUAUUCUCCACUAAAGUGUCAUGCAUAUGCGGUCCACUGCUGCUGUUUUUCACCCUCAGGACAUGUUUUAGCUUCCUGUUCAACAGAUGGUACAACUAUCUUAUGGAAUACUCAAACUGGGCACAUUUUGGCAGUGUUGAAUCAACCUAGUGGCAGCCCUGUAAGGGUGUGCAGAUUUUCUCCAGAUUCUACAUAUUUGGUGUCAGGAGCAGCUGAUGGCACUGUGGUCUCAUGGAAUAUGCAGACAUACAAGUUGUUUAGAUGUGGUAGUGUUAAAGAUGGUUCCUUGGUGGCCUGUGCAUUUUCUCCCAAUGGAAGCGUCUUUGUCACAGGAUCGUCAUGUGGAGACUUAACAGUCUGGGAUGAUAAAAUGAGGUGCUUACAUAGUGAAAAAGCACAUGAUCUUGGAAUCACCUGCUGUGAUUUUUCUUCACAGCCAAUUUCUGAUGGUGAGCAUGGCCCCCAAUUUUUCCGAAUGGCAUCGUGUGGUCAAGAUUGCCAGAUCAAACUUUGGGUUACUACACUUAGAGAUUUCUUAGGUUUUGAAUUGAAGUAUAAAUGUACACUGAGUGGACACUCUGCUCCAGUUCUGUCUUGUGCUUUUUCUUAUGAUGGUCAAAUGUUAGUUUCAGGAUCUGUGGACAAAUCUGUGAUUGUAUAUGAACCUAAUACUGGAAGCAUACUUCACACUUUGACUCAACAUACCAGGUAUGUUACAACCUGUGCCUUUGCACCCAAUAUUCUUUUACUUGCUACUGGGUCAAUGGACAAAACAGUGAACAUCUGGCAAUUUGAACUGAAAGCACAUUGUCAAGGUAGGCCAGAAGAUGAACCAAAGCAAUUUAUUGAAGAUUGGUCAGAAGAAGAAGUUUCAUCGUGGCUUUGUGCGCAAGGUUUAAAAGACCUUGUUAGUAUUUUCAAGAUGAACAACAUUGACGGCAAAGAACUGUUGAAUCUUACAAAAGAAAGUCUGACUGAUGACUUAAAAAUUGAAUCUCUUGGUCUACGGAGUAAAGUAUUGAGGAAAGUUGAAGAGCUGAAAGUAAAGGUGGAAUCCCUUUCUUCUGGAAUUCCAGAUGAAUUCCUAUGUCCAAUAACUAGGGAACUAAUGAAAGAGCCUGUGAUUGCAUCAGAUGGAUAUUCCUAUGAAAAGGAAGCAAUAGAAAACUGGAUCAGCAAAAAGAAGCGUACAAGUCCUAUGACUAAUCUGGUUCUUCCUUCACUGGUACUGACACCAAAUAGGACUCUGAAAAUGGCCAUUGAUCGCUGGCUAGAGACUCAUCAGAAAUGAAACUGUUUAUAUUUCCUUACUUAGGUACUUAUUUAAUGCCAAUGAGGUAAAUUUCUAGCAGCUUUAAAGGAAAACAUGAACUCAAAAAGCUAUAUCCAAACAGGGAGAAGGGAAGCUAAGUUUUGUUUAACUAAAGUUUCUAUAUUUUGCCUUUAAAACAUUGUGAAUUAAAUUCUGUAUUUAACCUUAUUUACGUUGGCAUUUUAUAUAAGUACAAAGCAAUCCAAUGAACAUGUACAACAGAGAAAGGGUUCUUUUGACAUUAGAUAACAGUGUCUUUUAAUGUUAAAUAUCUCAGCAACAGUAACUAUGGCCAAGUGGGCUCCUUGGUAGGUAUUUGGAUCAAAUAUUGUUACAACAAAUAUCACACUAAAGAAAUCUUUAAUUCUUGUUCUGGUGGCCCAUUUUGAGCAGAAUCUAACAUAUAUUCAUUUGAACUGUCCUUUCCAAUGAAAAAUACACUCUCAAUUAAAUACUCUAAAUUUAACGUCAGUCCUUUGUGAAUGUGUGUGUGUGUGUGUACACAGUUUCACAGAAUCUCAGGUUUGAAAGAGACUUCAGAGGUAGGCCCACACCCUACCUGAGUAAGAAUUUAGGGAGGUGCUAUCAGUUCCGUUAAGUCUAGCAAGUAAUUAUAUUUAAAUCUGAUUUGACACUGAAAAUAUAGGGAACAUUUGGGAAAGAGCUAAUUACCAAAUUUCUACAAAAAUCAAGUCAGAGUGAAAAAACUACUGAAGCACAACUUGUGGGAAGUACAAAGCAUCCUUCCUGAUAGAGUUUACAAGGACAUUAAAAUAUUUUAAAUGGCUAUUUUGUCUUCUUUUUCCCACAAAUUGCUAUCGAUUCCAAGCUUGUGGGCAAAUAACUUUUCUACAUGACAGUCUUAGUCUCUUCACUUAGAGAAGACUUGCCCCAGUGGGGAAUUCUAGGUUCAAAGAAGCUAGACUUGGGAGUAAGAUAUUUCUAAUUCUAAAGGAGCUUUAUGAUUUCUUGAUUAAUUUGAGUGGCUUUCACAUUUCCAAUGAGAUCUAACUUUUAGUGGCCUCCACUGACUUUGGUGGCAAUGUGCUGUAUAAAUAAAUAAAUGGUGUAAUAUAAAGGGCACAGGACCUUGGAGUUAUAAAGAUGUGAUUCUAGUUCUGGAUUCAGCAUUUACCAGCUGAAAGAUUGUAGGGAAAUCACAGUCUCUCUAGGCCAGUUCUCCUCAUCUCUGAAAUGAGAAUAGCAGCUUGUAAAUAAUUAUCCAACUUACAGAACUAUGAUGAGGAAAGUUCUGUCAGUGUACCAGAAGAAAAAGGAAGACUACAUUCCUCUAAAUCUAUUCAUCCUCUAUGUAAAAUAAGCCUCAUUUCAGAAAGAAGGAACAAAUUAAAACCUACCAUCGUUCUUAGGUCUGAAAGCCUUUGCUCUACAUCUAAAUUAUGAGCUAACAAAAAACAUUUAAACAAUCAAAAGAUUUCCAUCUACAGAAAUAGAAACUUAGGGAAAGCAACAUCUUCUCACAGAAGUCUUCUUGCUUAAAUUAUAAAAAGCAGAUCACCUGUAAAAUAUGAUUAUAAAAAUAUCAUAGCUCCUAUUUUGUGAAUUUAGUAGGAAAAAAAUCCUAUUCAGAAAUAAAAUCUCAUUUACAACAGGUUAAAUUCACAUAUAAUUACAUACUGCUACUUUUGCAUUCCAGCAUCUUACUAAUAUAAUUCUUCUCAGUUCCUGUUUAAUACCACUAGAUAUAGAUCACACUUCUUUCAAAAGAAAUUAUAAGGUAUUGUUCACUACCUCAAGAAUCAACCAUUAAUGCAAAAGCAUUUCCAUGGGACCUGUAGUGUUUGUUUUUUUUAAGAGACUAGAUUUGCUUUAAGCAAGAAAAUGUGACAAUUUAAAAUCUAUAAUAGGAAUAAAUAAAUGUUAUUCUAAAUGACACUGAAACUAAAAAUGAUAAUUAUAGAACCUUUUACUUCAUCUGAGCAGGCAGAACCAUGAGUGCUUUUAAUCAAAGAAUGAAUGAAAACCACAGGUUUAUUCAAUUUGAAGCAACACAGGUGGCCUCAUAAAAAGAAAAUUGAGUCUUACCUUGCUUCAGGAAAAUGUAUAUAUGAAGGAGCUGGAAGUUCCCUGAGUAGCAUACUGUUGAGUUCUUCCUGAGGCCUCCAUUUUGUGAAGGGGCCCAGACUGGCCAGCCUUCAUUCCCUAUGUGUAUACUUUCUUCCUCCUUUCCCACCCCCAGCUCUUCACCUCCUUUUUGUGCAUUAUCUUCCACUAUUAGAACAUAAGCUAUAAGGACAGGAACUAGUUUUUCCCUGUAAGUUCGUAUCCCCAGCUCUUAGCAGAGUACUUAACAUACGUUAAGUGCCUAAUAAAUGCUUCUUCUCUUGUCUAAUGCAACUUUCCACCAUCUACAGAACUUAAAGCUCCUUAUGUUCCUCCAUUUUCCUUCAGUUAGGAAUCUUUAUCAAAAAACAGCCUUAAAAUUCAAUUCAAAGUAAUUUCUUUAACCAAACUACAGAAUUUGCUGGAUUAAAAAAAGUCACGCUGAGUCAGUGUAAAUAAGAGGUGAUCUGGAGAUACUUUAGUAUUACAGCUGACUAGAUGAAUAUAAAGAUCAAGUUCAAGACUGCAUAUAUUAAAACUUUAUCUCGGGUAGCGCAGCCUGCCAUUUACCCUUGUUCAUACUUUACUUUGAAAUUAAAAUUCAUGUUGGUAUGAAGACAAACAUUUUAAAAUGAAACAUAUUGUAAUAUAAAUGUGCUAAAGGCAAACCUGUGACAGUAACACUCAGUAUUCUGUGUGUUUUGGCAAAAAUGAUUGAGAGUUGGAGUAUUACCCAUCCUGUUGCCAGUCAAAACAGACACUAAGAUUUUUUGGCACAGCUAGAAAGUGAAAAUAAAGAUUUGAUCUAUGAAAAAUGUGUUUCAGAGGAACAGAGACCUAAUGUCAGCGUUCAGCUUCUAGAACUUUGAUAAGGCCUUGGGACAGUAAUACAUCACUCAAAGUUAAAUCAGUGCACGUAUUACACUCAAACAGUACACUCUCUCCAUAUCCAGGGUUUUGUUCAACUUAGAGCAAACUAUAUUAAUGGUCUUUAUUCCAUGUGGAAAAGUACAGUAGCUGUGCAAAAACAAACUACAUAACAAAAGAAUAAGACAUACAGAUAUCAAAGAAAACAAUAAAUAAGCCAAAGUAAUCAUAUGCAGACUCAUGAAAAGCUUGUAAAAAUGGAUAAAGCUAUUUUUACAAAGUACACACUGUACACACAGAACAAAUGCUUAAGAAUGACAAUGGAAUAUUCUAACUUGUACAAAAUAGACCCUCACAGGAACUUCAUUACAACUAUUCAUUUUGAAAGCACUUCUGUAAAUAUAGAAUUUUCUUCCCCCCAACUCUGGAAAAUAAAUUUCACAUCCCAUCUUAUAAAAACAAAUGCACAUCCACUGCUUUCAAACUGUUGUAGCAAAACCUUCAAAUAACCCAUCAUGUUUCAUAUAAAAACACCUUUUUCCUGUACCUUAUCACCACAAAUGAAUGAAACAUAAUUUUGGACUUUAGCACCUUAAAGGUGUUUAUAUAAACUACAUAAAGUGCGGUUACUGGUAUAGUAUUAACAUGCCAUAAUAAUAUAUUAUUCAGUGCAAUAAUCAGCAUGGUAGAAGCUCUUAAAAAAACAAAACAUGCAUUUAAAAUCUAUGGCUGUAUUUUUGUGGAUUAACUAUUUGAAAAUAAAAUUAUAUUUACAUGUUUAAGUAAAA